AUGCAGCAGAGGCCAACAGAGACGAUGUUAGACUCAGAUUGGAGUGCAGUCCCUCCCUCUGCUUCUGAUACUUCAUUAUUGAAAGAACUGACCUGAGGGCAACAGCCCUCCUUUUACAGCAUCAUGAGGAUUUACGACUUCAGGCCCAGAGAGGCCCUGCAGACCCACUACCUCCAUAGCCUUUGGCACUAGCAGUGGCUGGGCUAUAUCACUCAGCAGGAAGCCUUGUCUUAUGCUGCAGUACUUAGAGAUUCCACCAAGAGAGCUCAGUCAAGAGAUCCUCAAAGGAAGUCUUCAGCUGUGACAAGAAAAUGUCUGUCGGCAAGACCCAAGUUUGUGGUUCUACCCAGGGUCCAAAGCACAGGGCACUGA